AUGCCCGCGCCCACAAAUACCCUCCUCAUCGAGGGAACCUUCUCCGAACUUGCUGAAGAACUCGCCCAGUACGUCGACAACCUCGCUAAAGCCGAGGGGAACGGCGCGCAAGCGGAAAUCCAACAGCUGUUAGCCGGCAUCAGAGAAUCGGAGCAGUCACAGGAGGGGGGCGUGGACGAGUCCACUGUGCAAAAUCAGAAAAAUGAAGUUCUUAAGAAGAUCGUCACUCGGGCACAGGUUCUCAACGGCGCUCCGGAGAGAGAGUUUACGGCAGCAUACAACCUCCUCAUCUCGCUCGCUACUCAAUCCACCAUCAGCGACCAAAUCUUCGCGAGACUCUGCACCUACCUCUCUGAGGGCCCGGUCACAUCUUCCCCCGUCUACGGCGGCAGCCUCGCCGUGCAGACCCUGACUACGAUCUUCAACGUUCUCUCACCCUCCAGCGAAAGUCGUUACCACGUCUUCCUGGCCAUCCUGAGAGUCAUCCGCGCCACGUCUAGCACGCAGGCCUUUGAGGCGUUGAUACCCCAACUCGAGACGAACAUCCCUUUCUGGCUGCAGUCGUGGUCCCUUGACGAUGACGACGCCCGAACCUUGUUCGUCGCCGUCGCGGACGUGGCCUCGGCCCAAGGUAACAGCGAUCUAGAAUACACAUACCUUCUGCGAGCGCUGCAAACAAUCGAAUCCAAACACGCUUCAGCCGAGGAGUCGGCCUCCCUAGCCCGCCGCACCCUCAUCACAGCACUCACAAACCCUUCGAUCACAGACUUCACGCCCCUCACGGACAACGACGCCAUCAUCGCCCUCCGCCGCAGCGACGCCGCGCUCUUCGACUUGCUCGAAAUCUUCUCCAGUGACGACUACUCCGCGUACCUCGACUUUCUGGAGACUAAUUCUCUCUCCUCCCUGUCCAUUCCAGACUCGGCAGCCGACCUGCUGGCCAACAAGAUCCGCCUCCUGACUCUCUCCUCAAUCGCCGCCACAACCGCCACGCGCAGCGUCCCCUACGCACAGAUCGCGCAGGCGCUCCAAAUCCCCAGCGAGGACGUCGAAAUGUGGGUCAUCGACACCAUCCGCGCGGGACUGGUCGAAGGGAAACUCAGUCAAAUGAAAGGGGAGUUCCUGGUCCAGCGCGCCACAUACCGAGUGUUCGGGGAGAAACAAUGGGCCGAGAUCCAAGGGCGGCUGAUGGUCUGGCGACGCAGCCUAGAGAGCGUCUUGACCGUCGUGAGAAACGAGCGGGAGAGGUUCCUACGAGAAGGCGUGAACGGAGGCGAGGACGCCGGACGUGCCAACGGAUACGGUGAUCGCGACGGAGACAACCAAGGCUACAACCGGGGUGAGCGUCAACAACGUCGCGGCGGAGGAGGCGGAGGAGGAAGGGGGGGCCGACGUGGCGGCGACCGCGAGCGCGAUCGGGACCGGGACCGUGAUCUCCAACAAAAUCAGCAGCGAGAAAUUGAGGUUGGUGGGGACUAG